AUGCUCAAUCCCCAAAAUUAAGAUACAGAAACAAUUGGAGAUAAAUACAUUCUACUUAAGAAAAACAUAUUAGGCUUUGUAAAUAAUUCUCUAAUAAGAUUAGGGAGCUUUUUCUAAAGUUUAUGAAGGAUUUGUAAAAGAUAAGGUUGAAGAAAAAGUGGCCAUUAAAGUUUUUAAUAGCCAGUCCUGCGAAACAACUGAUUUAUUAUAUGAGAAAUUAAGGGCUUUGUAUAAUCGAGAAAUUCUAAUGCACAAAAUGAUAAACAAUAAAAAUGUUGUGAAGUAUGAAUUGAUCAAAUGGCAUUAGGAUGAUAGAAGAUGUAAAUUGUAAUUAAAUGACAUACCUGAUAUUGGAAUUGUGCGAAGAGGGAAAUCUUAAUAGAUUGUUGAAUCAAAAAAAAAAAAGGUAGUUAGAUCAAGAAGAUGCCUUUUAUAUUUUCAGUCAAAUAGUGGAUGGCUAUAAUUCAAUCUACGAAAAUAAUGCUUUUCAUAGAGAUUUAAAGCCAGAAAAUAUUUUAUUUACUAAAGGCAUUGUAAAAAUUGCUGAUUUAGGUUUGGCUAAGUUAGUAAAAGAAAUUAGUUUGCCAAAUGAUCAUACUAUUGUUGGCACUUUAUUAUAUUAAGCCCCAGAAAUGAUGGUUAGUUCAAAAUACACAUAUAAAGUUGAUAUUUGGUCAUUAGGAAUUAUCUUUUAUGAAAUGCUUUUUGGAGUUGUUCCUUAUGUGGAAAAUCACCCAAAGAAAUUAUAUUAGAAAAUAACGACUGAACCACUUAUAUUUCCACAAGAUACCAAAAUAAAUUAACAUUAUUUAUAUUUAAUAAAAAAAAUGCUUAAAGUAGAUCCAGAAAUGAGAAUCAAAUGGGAGGAUUUACUUUAGUGUAUCGAAAAAAUAAAGAAAUAGAAAACUAAUAAAAUUAAAGACUACUUCCUUUAUAUUUCAAAAUUAAUUGCAUUUUUUCAUAAUAACACAACUAAAUUUUUUUUUUAAUUGUAACCAAAACUUAAAUUAAGCCAGACUUUGUAAAUAUUAUUUAAUGUCACAUCAACCAAAUAGUUGUUGAAUGAGUUUAAUUGUUAACUGUAGAUUUUAGAAGGAGAGGUAUAAAAUAGAUAUCAUUACCUAGAUUCCUUACUCUGUGGAAAACUCAAAUAAUAGCUUGAAGGAGAGCAACAUAAAAAUUUUCAGGAAUAAUAAAGUUAUAUUUUAAAAUGUUUUAAACUAUUUUAAAACAUAAUAUGAAUAAAUGAAUUAGUUGUAUACAGAUAAUUGUCUAAAGUAAUUUAAUGAAAUUGUUAAAGAUCAAACUAACAAUUCCAUAUCCAAUAAUUCACAUUCAGAAUUAAUUAAAGCUGUUAAUUAAAUUGUUUAAACGAAUAUUGAAAAUAACAUUACAGAUAAUUUCCAGAAAAUUUAUAUCUAUUUCAUAAACUAAAUUUCUUAAUCAAUAUAGCAAUAAUAAAUUGAUGAUGAUGAAACAUUAAGACAAAUUUAUACUUUAUAAAUUAAUAUGUUUUACUCUCUUCGUCCAUAAAAUUUUGAAAAAAAAUUAUUUGAACCAUCAAAUCUAGAAGAAGAGAUAAAAGUAUCUUCAACUUAGUAAUUAAAAAAUAAAGUUUUCAAUUUAAGUAUGACAUAUUCAAAAUGA